AUGUCAACCGUGGGGGUGAAUUUGGCUGUUACUAAAGACGGUGAGAGCUACAACAAACUACAACGGCCCGAUGGUUACCUUAUGUCGACGCAGCCGCCCUCCAUAUCCUCCUCGACAGCGUCCCCAACUGCAUACGGCAGCAAAAGAAAGUGCGCGCAAGAAGAGGCCGUUGGUGUUAAGCGCGCGAGGAUCGCGCACAUCACAGCGCACCCAAAAAACCGGCCGCGCGCUGUAGAUUCGUACCAGGAGUAUGGGACACGGACGGUGCUACCAGGACUCGACGGUGAAGAGCAGUCAUCCGACGAGUCUACAAGCGAAGCGUUGGCCUACCUUCACGGUGUCCGGUCUGAAGCAUCGGCGAUUCCCACUCUACUCGUAGCCCCAAACAAUCUCAACGCUGGCAAACUCGACUCAGACCAUGACGAAUCGCAAUACAAAAGCCCGAUGGAUACUCAACGCGUCAUAUACAGGGAAGGAACCUGGAUCGCCGUGGAUUGGGAGUACAACGCUACCAAGUGGGAAACAGACUCGUUCGCCCUUGAUCCACAGGAAGCUUGCACCAAUGCUCUCCUCCAGCGCUUUCGAAACCUUCGCAAGAAACUCGCCGAAAUGCGGAGGUAUGGACGACUACCAGACACAGCAGCGAGCCGCGCAAAAGUAGAGAAGUUUGGAAAGCAGAAAUGGUCGGAAACUAUAGAGAAGGACUUACCCAUUCUCCAAGAAAUCAUGCACAUUGACGAGUCGACGCUGUAUAUGGCUCUACAAGGCUGCACGUUAGCCUUGGGUCGAUCAGCUAAGAUAUCCCGGGAGAAGAGCAGCUGGAUAUGGACCUUGUUGGCCCUAGUUGGAGAUUUCGGUACUUUGGAUCAUGAGCGUGUGAGCAGGAUCCGAGACUUGGGGCUCAGCGCAGGCCGGCUAGUGGGCCGACUCUACGCAGACAACAGAACAUUGACGUGUGAUGCACAAGAGGGCGAGUGCACUAGUCCCGAGGUCCCAGAGACCGAUCCUGGAGAACAGACACAUGGAGCUCACGACACGAGACAUCUUGCGCCGAAAGUCACACAAACUCUGCGCGAUGUUUCGAAUGAGAAAGACAAUGGAUUAGACACGACGUCCUUCAGAAAUGACGAUGCCGUGCUCAGCCAAAACACAGUCAUUGAAGAGACGGAUGAUUCUGACGCAGAGAUGAUCAUGUCUGAGGAUGAAGUUGAAUCAGAAAGCAUUCCGGAAGAUGGAGGUCUUGAGGAAGCUCGAGCGCGUCUUCUUGCGCAACUCGGAGACCGCUUGGUACAUUCACAAGUGCCUCUGCCUCAUAUGCCCCCAAUGCAAGUCCAUCAUCACCUUUCAAGGGUCGAGGCUGAGAGGCAGCGACAAGAAAUACGCCGAGGAGAGCUGCAGCAAACUGCGAGUGCCACCAAAUUGGCGCCAGUUUUCGAGCCGACGCAGGCCAAACCGCAGUCCAUUACCCCAUUGUCCGAGAGUGACUGGAACACGAAGGCAGCCAUCGACAUGAUUCUGACAGUUGUAGCCGAGUGCUAUGGACAAAGAGAUCUGCUGAAAUUUCGACUGCUCUGGUAG